AUACAGCGGCCUUGCACGCGACUAUCCCCAUCACCUGAAGCAUUCAUCUUGCGUGUGCUUUCUUGCUGGACACAUCUCGCAAGCCUUCACGACGGCGACAUUGAAAGAUGGGUUUGACAGCAGAUCCAUUCUACAACCGCAAACCCGUUCCUGACGAAUUGAUCAGAGACGUCGGCGUCACCGGCCUCUCUCCGGACCAAGAAUACUGGAACCGCGAGCGCAAGUACAGCGUUACUGGGGGCGACAUCAGGAAAUUCAGCAGCAGCAAGAAAGGAGGUCUAGAGCCUCAAGACGAUCCUUACUAUGGUCGUAAACGCAUCUCAAAUGCCGAGAUACACGACAUAGGCGCGACCGGCCUCACACCCGAACAAGAGUACCUGAAUCGCGAACGCAAGUACAGCGUGACCGGCGUCGACGUGAGAAAGUUCAGCACGAGCAAGAAAGGAGGGAUGGAGCCGGCGAAUGACCCUUACUAUAACAGGAAGAAAGUGUCCAACGCCGAAAUAUCCGGAGUCGGCCAGACCGACAUGACUCCCGCCGAACAGUACGAAGUGCGCGAACGCAAACAAUCCCUCUUCCAGCUUUCGGACGACCCCUUCGCCCACCUUGCCGGUCGCAACCGCACUUCUAUAUCGGGCGUCGCAAGCGGUGCCUCCGCAGCAGCGAGUCGUCGUCGCAGUUCCGCAGUCGCACCUGAUGCCCAUGCACCCUCCGCAUCGCACACGCACAGCGGCUACCAGGGCCACAUGCUCGCUCCCAUCGAAAGCAGACCGGAACCCCAACCCUUCCCGGGACCGUCACCGGUCAACUUCGGGGACACGGGCUUUGGCGGUCCAGGGCGUACUGGCAGUAUCUCGACGUCCGACACUUUGACCAAGAGGAGCACCGCUGCCUCAGCAGAGGCGGGACCUUCGACACACAGUCAUGCUACAGGUAGUACCAAUGUCGGCGGUCAUACUGCGAUCUAUGAUGCCGUGACCAUGGGGCACGACCACAAUGAGCAACUGGGACAGGAUCCUGAUCAUAUCGCUCCUCAUGAGGUUCGAUGAGUGUUUUGUCAAGGGCGGACAAACGGACGUCGAUGAGAGAGCAACUGUCGUUGUGAGGCACCAAGGUCUUGAACUCGAAGAAUACCCGAUUAACAUGUUUGGAUUCAUUAGUUGCUUUUUUUCUCUCCGGCGUCAGAGU